UUCCUUUAACACGCUGGGAGAAAAAUCAAAUCUUCCAGUCGUAAACGCCUUAAACCGAAUUUUCGCGACGAAUAGCGUUUGUGUUCAUCAAAUCAUGGAUGUAGUUCGUCGCGAAAAUUCGGAUAUAAGUCUUAUACACCAUUCGGACAAGUUCGGAAGCGCCACAUUUUUACCGCGCAUGCAAGAGUGAAGUCGUGCCGCGACGUUGCCACUACUCGAUAUUUUUUCACUUCCUUUCAUUGACAUUUGUCCGUUCUCAGCUGUUCGUUGUUCAUGUUUAGUGCAGUCAGUCAGUAGUUAGUAAUUUCUCACUGCCUCGCCUGCUCUGAUGCGACGUAUCCUCAUUCCUCGUGUCCUCCUCACACGUUGUGUUUAUUUAAAUUUUUGUUGAGAUUUUGUGAUGUGAAUACCGGAAAAUUUGUAGCUGCAAUUGCCGUCAGAAGGCCAUCGGCAACAGGACAGAUAACUUUGACGGACAUACAGUUUAUACUGGAGAUAUCUUGCAAGCAUACCUGGAUACCAAACAUUAAAUCGACUCAACUUUCAAAAUGUCUGGAACCAGAGUAUACGUAGGUGAUUUGCCCCGUGGUACAAGCAAAAGAGAUUUGGAGCGUUUUUUCAGAAAUCAUGGACGCAUACGUGAAAUAAGCCUCAAGCAAGGCGGGUAUGGAUUUGUCGUAUUUGAUGACUGCCGCGAUGCCGAAUAUGCGAUUUAUAAUUUGAAUAGAGAAAAGAUAAUGGGUGAAAGAAUAAGAGUUGAAAGGGCCCGACAUCGAGGUAGACAUACAUGGGGUGAAUCCGAAACUAGUAGCAGUGGUUCGGACAGAGAAAGAACACGUAGGAGAUCUCGUUUCGCGCAUCCUAUCCGCACAGAUCACAAAGUGAUUGUCGAAAAUGUAUCCCGGAGAGCAUCCUGGCAAGACCUGAAAGAUUACAUGCGUCAAGCUGGAGAUGUUACCUAUGCAGAUGCCCAUCUCAGAAAAAAAAACGAAGCAUUGGUUCAUUUUGCAAGCCGAAAGGACAUGCAAAACGCCAUUGAACAGCUGAACGGCAGCAUGCUUUUUGGACGGCGUAUUAAAGUGUACGAAAAAAAAAGUACACGUGGAGAAGAGUCGAGCUCUAGUAGUUACUCCACGUCUAGAUCUGGGGGCGGCAGAUCACGGUCCUCACGUUCUGGUUCCAGAGAUCGUUCCAGGUCCAGAGAUGACCGAACCCAUGCCGUGUCCGAUGAAAAUGGACAUCGUUCCAGUUAGAUGUUUAGAAAUGGUUCUUAGUCCAGAGCGGCAUCAGAAGAACUUUCCGACUACAGAUAGGUUUAAAUAUAUUUUCCACAUUUUUAUUAUAGUUUAUGUAGUAAUGUUGUAUUAAUUUAGAUUUAGUUAUGUCAUCGACAUUGUUAGUUAAAAAAAGUCAAAUUUCCUACCAACAGCAUUAUAUUGACUUUGAAAAGAUACUUUUGGUCCUUGAAUCUGGGUGGAUGAAAAUCACGUUUUAUUUUUUUCAUAAAUUUUAAUUUUAGACUACGCAGAUAUAACUGACUUUUCCAGUCAGUAAAGCCCAAAUAAAUAAGUCAAAAAUAAACUAAAAGCAAAGAAUAAGAUCGUGAUAACCAGUAAAGAAUAAAUGGAUGAUUUUUGAUGCAAGGAAAAUCGUUGGCUUUAAACGGGCUUACAAAAAAAAAAUUAUACACUAAUGCUAAAUAGAACAAAAUAUUAUGUUAGUAUAAAAGUAUUGCCCUAGUAUUAUAAAAUAUAGGCAUACUUGUCUAUUUUUUAAGGAUAUACAUUAUAAAUGUGUUAGUAUUAACUAUAGUUGUAGUCUGCGUAUCCAAUGCACUUAUUUUGAAAAGCUAACACAUUCAGUAGGUACCUAUACAAUAUAUUUGUUUCAAUAAAGAUACAGCAAAUGGAAAUGUUAUACAUUUUUUAUUGUAGCAAAUAUUUUGACUAAUGCUUAUGCAAUUUUAGUGUUUUUUUUUGGUUAGUUUCAGUUUAACUAGUAAGGAACAAAUACAUCAUGUUGUUUUUUUUUUAAAUUUAAUAAAUAAUUAGGUACCUGUGUCGUUACUGUGAGUAAAAAGGUAAAUCUAAAACCAGGAACUGAUACUUGGAGACAUGCAGAAGAUUUUAGAGUCUAACCUUGAAAUAAAAGAACCUUAAUAAGGUUUCUUGGGUUUUGCCAGACGAUGUUCCUGCCGAAAUAAUCAUUGAACAUCUUCAAUGGGAAUCUGUCUACUUGACAUGAAUCUAGAUAGAAAAUCUUAAACAAUCUUUUU